AAUAAAUAUCAGAAAUUACCCACUUAAAACUUGCGACUUUACGGUUACGGCCAUGCAUGUUUAUGGCAACGCCAUCUAGUCCAAUCGUUCUGAAGACUGAACCUUCUUACCUAAAACAUUAAAAUUCGUUCCUUCCGUUUAUAGUUCAGUUCCAAUCCUAACCUUUCAUUCAUUUCCUACACUAAUCAAUCAUUCACACGUUCACCGUUUUUAUAUUGUUUAUCGUCGCUUUAUUAGUAUACACCUGGUGUUAUUUGUUAAUUCUUCGAGCUCGUUUCGCGAUUUGUUUUUCUGCUGCAUUAAUGCUUGUCAUCAAUAAUUAUUGUGCUUGACUAUUAUUAAAGUGUAUAAUAUAAAACAACAUCGACAUUUGAGUCAUUAGAAGAAUGCCGCCUACUAAGAGUGAACUUUGGCAGUAUUUUAUCAAGCUUAACAGCAACGAAGUGAAAUGCAAGAUUUGUUUCAAAACCAUAAAAACGUCAGGGAAUACGUCAAACAUGAAUAAACAUCUUAAGAAACACUCUAAUGCGUUGAGUGGAAAAGGAGAUGAAAAGAUACAAACAACGAUUAAUAAAAAGCUAGACCCGCUGAAUUCACCGCCACCGAGUCAUGAACCACAACCAUCGACAAGUACAUCAAAAGCACCUGAAUCGAAUACAUUUCUAGCUAUUCCUUCAUCAUCUGAUGUCAAGAAAAUUCCAAUCGAUGUUAUCGAUGACAGUGAGCUUACAGAAACAUAUGCACCGCUUCCAAAAAAAAGACAACUUUCUAUUGUACAAACAAUAGAACGUAAAUAUUCUUAUUCCAAUGGAGGAAAGGAUCAUUUGAAGCUAUGCAAAUGCUUGCUUUAUUUUAUUUGCGUUGAUAAAAGACCGUUUGACAUUGUGAAAGGGCGUGGAUUUAAAAAAAUGAUGCAUCAAGCUUGCCCGUCGUUUAAAAUUCCAAGCGUGGAUACUCUUAAAGCCCAAUUUGAUGCUUUAUACAGUACCAUGCAUUUGAAAAUUGAAAACAUAUUUGACAAUAUUUCGCACUUGGCAUUAACCUGUGAUAUUUGGAGUGAGAUGAUGACUGUUACCAGUUAUUUAGGGGUUACUGCUCAUUAUUUACAUGAUGACAGACUUGUAUCGCGUUGCAUUGCUACUGUUGCACUGGAUCAACGGCAUACUGGUGAAUACAUAGCUGACAAAUUAAAAGAAAUUUGUGCAGGUAUGCACAUCAGCCUGGAAAAAAUAACUGCUGUAGUUACAGCUCGUUCCCACCUGUCGGGUGUCGGAUCCGUAUAUUAAACGGAAGUUCUAGUGGCAGAGCAUUAUAUAUGACGCUAUUCACACUUAUCGGAAACCGAUUUUGUGUCGGCUCCGACAAGAAAUGUCGGGUGUUUUGCCAGCCCUCUACGCCCGGAAAAAAAUCGUGUCGGAUCUCGCUCGCCUAUGAUUAAGAACGGCGCUGUUCACAUUUGUCUGAUGUCGGAGCCGAUAACCCUCUCCCCGCUACCCCUCAUUCCGUUCGUGCGUACGUCGUACCUGCGAUCGCGCACACACACAUCGCGGCGCGCAAGCAGAGUUGUUGUGUUUUUAUUGUACGCACGUUUGGUGAUUCGUAGUAAUGGAAAAAAAUAUCAACCCCGAACAAUUGAUCACACUAGU